AUGGACAUGUUAAGAUUAUUGUUUUAUGCAUUUGUACAGGAUAAGAAGCUUAUUGAGGAGCCUCCUAAGCAGUUAGAGUUAGAUUUAGUGCUGAUGUACGUGAGGACUGCAUAUCAGUUGCAUGGACUCAACAUCAACACAUUGAAUUUUGAUUUGCCGUUCAGCGUGCAUGAUGUGCGCUCGAAUGACCUGGACUUCGCUAGUCGAGGUACAAGAAGGGUUGUGGGAAAAGGGGGCUUCGGGCCUGUUGCUGAUGUAAAAGAAAGAAAUCGUUUGGAGUCCAUUCUUGAGAAGCUGAAUGCACACGACCCCAUAUUUGUUGAAAGGAUGAGAUUUAUCUACCCAAACCUACGUGUUCGUCAUAAAGGAUAUGUGCAAGACGUUUGUAUGCUCUUGGAUGCUCAGUUUCGGAGCAAAUGCCAAGAGAAGCACGGCGAGAAUGGGAAAAACGGAUGGACUGUUGGGCUAUUUGCUACCAAUCGAGAAGAUGUCUAUCCACGUAUAGGCACCACUAUGUCGAGAUCAGAAAUAUUUGACAUUGCUCGUGAACAUCCUAGAAUUAUUAUUAUUGACCAGAUGAAAUUAGUCGCGUUAAAGGAGAAUGUUGUGGAGAAUGGAGCAAAGAAGAUUGGACUCGAGGAGGUCUGCGUGAGGUGCUUGAGCGACGAUACGCUGGAGAGGAUCCACGGGGGAUGA